AUGGACGCGCUGCCCAUCUACCAUGGGGCCAUCACCCGUGAGGCUGGGGAGAAGCUGCUGCUGGCAGCGGGCACUGAUGGCAGCUACCUGCUGCGGGACAGCGAGAGCAUCCCGGGAGUCUACUGCCUCUGUGUGCUGCAUCAGGGUUACGUUUAUACCUACAGAGUGUCCAAGACAGAAACUGGGUCCUGGAGUGCUGAGACAGCACCUGGAGUCCACCGGAGGCUCUUUCGGAAAGUGCACAACCUCAUUUCAGCUUUUCAGAAACCCGACCAAGGCAUCAUAACACCCCUGCAGUACCCAGUCGUCAACCACGCGAAAGCCAAACACUUCCCAGGGAGAAAUGAAGGCCAUGACUUCCACCUGCAGCCAUCAUGAAGAUGUUUCUCCAACUGUGACAUAACCACAUCUUCCAAUGUCUCCUCUAGCCAGUGCUCUAGAACAGAAUGAUUUAUAUGAUAGUUAAUACAACUCCAUGAGUUUUCUUGUAACAUUUGCAGAAAUGUGUAUU